CGCUCGCGGAGCAGGCGCGCGCGCUGCAGGAGCAUGUGCGGCAGCUGCAGACGGACCGCGAUGCGCUGCAGAGCGAGGUGUUCCGCCUCGCGGACGUCGUGCAGCAGACUGCGGCGCACCGCACGGGCCCGGACGCGCUGGACGGCCGGGAGCUGCACCGGCUGCUGAACGAGGCACGCAACACACGGUCGAUUUUCGGCGCGAUAGGGCUGUCGCUGGGCGAUGUGGCGACUAUCAUCCAGCGGGUGGAGAUCGAGAUGGGGCACGAGCGCGCGCCUGGGUAUGAUCCUGUCGAGCGGCUUCGCGUUCUCGCGUUGAGGAUGCAGCAGGAGUCGUUCGAGGGCGAGAGGCGGGACCAUGAACAGGGAUAACGGAAGGCUUGUAUUUGCUAUCUCUUGUACAAUGUAUGUAUCUAUGUAACUUGUAUACGCUCAGCCUGUAGUCUAGAAAUUUAUCCGACCACGAUCUGGAAUCUUGAAUCCGGCUAAACGUCCCUUGUACUGGAUGCUGUUAGACAGAACUCCAUUCCUUCACUUCGGCAGAUUCGUAUGAAUCAUGCAUACAUCAUACAUACAUCACACCAACUCCGUAUCUG